AUGACCAUAGGGGAAGUGGGUGUUUCAGAAGCGAGGAAGGCGUUCUACACGCGUGUGUUUCGUCAGUGUUUCUCUCCAGAUGGAGAUUGGCUAGUUUCUUCUGACUCGCGCAGCCGCCUUUGUGUCUUUUCAUUAGAGGGAGCGCUAUCUCAACAAGCAUUUUCUUCCCCGAGUCGUCCACUCUCUGCUUUUAUUUCUCUCAAAAACCCAGUGUUCGCAUUAAAUUCCUUCAAAAAUAUUCUUAUCUGCGGUGACUCUAGAGGCAAUUUGUUUGGGUAUCAGUGGGCGAGCUUGAAAAACUUUGUUUCGCCCUUAACAGAACCGAAAAGGAUCUUUGAAGUUAAUCACUUUUCGUCGGCUGGAGAAGGAUUAAUAAUUUCUAACGAAAUAAACACGGUAGCUUCUGUAAAUGAUAAGAUACUUUAUGGCGGUGCUGGAGGCUCGGCUAUUCGUUUGCUUGACCCAGAACGUCCUGACAAGGUAAUAUCGUCGUUUGUUGGUCAUACGGACUACAUUAACGAAAUUAAAGGUCGAUCAGAUCACGAAUUCUUAAGUGCUUCUGAAGAUGGAACAGUACGUUUAUGGGAUUUACGAAUGAACCAAGUUGCGCAUGUUCUACAUAUUUUUGAGGAGUCGCGGCUGAAAGAGCCAGGCUGUGGCAAUGGAGUUUGCGCUUUGGACGUACAGGGGUCUUUUAUGGUAUGUGGCGGUGACGUUAGCGCUUCAAUAUGGCAUCUGGAAUCGAGAUCUUUAGCUACAGUACUGCCUUGUAGUGCACCAUUCAAUAUACGUUACACAGUGGCUAAAAUGGAUGCUGAAAGGAUUCUUGUUGGAAGUACAUGCCCAUUGCUUUUUGAAUUUGAUUACUCGGGUAAAAGUUUGGCGACAGUGAAGACAACGCCAGAUUCUGUAUAUUCGAUUGAAUCGAAUACUCAUUCGGGGAGAAUGAUGACUGUGGUCGCAGGCGAUUCACAGUAUAUCGAUGCAUUCUUAAGUCUAGGGUAUGUAUCUUUUACAUUUGAUACCUCCCAAAAGAAUCUCUAAAA